AUGUCUGGGAAGGGUGCGAAGGGCCUCAUCACGGCGGGCAAAACAUCGGUUCUCAAGGACAAGGAUAAGAAGAAGCCGGUGUCCCGAUCUUCCCGAGCUGGUCUUCAGUUCCCGGGUGUUCACCGUCUGCUCAAAUCGCGCAUCGCCACAAAUGGAAGAGUAGGAGCUACCGCUGCAGUUUACUGCGCUGCUAUUCUGGAAUACCUCACCGCUGAAGUUCUGGAGCUUGCUGGCAAUGCGAGCAAAGACUUGAAAGUGAAGCGUAUAACACCGAGGCAUUUGCAACUCGCAAUACGCGGUGACGAAGAGCUCGAUACACUCAUCAAAGGAACCAUAGCAGGCGGCGGCGUGAUCCCCCACAUCCACAAGUCCCUCAUCAACAAGUCCUCCAAAGAGUAA